UGAGCAAUGAAUGUUGCUUUUUCUUUGUUUUGAACGUCAAAAAUAUAAUACCCGCCCCAUUUUGUAUCGCUUUCCUUUCUCCUUUCCUUCACCAAAUCCCAAUCUGCCUGUCGAUCCUCCUAAAUAAACCCUAAUUUCUCCGUUCUCUCUUUCUAAAACCCUACUCCUUAAUUCACAUCAUUCAGAUCUUAGCUACUUGUUUCCUUCGUUCUACAGAUCCGACGCAAAUUUCUUCGAUCACGGGUACUUCAUAUUUUGAUCGUGUUGUAAAAAAUAUAUAAAGAAGAGGGAUAUUGAAGGAGGGGAUUGGAAUCGGUUUUGAUUAAAUUAUGGCAGCUCCUGUGCCUCCAGGGGCACCUAGACCCGGCGCCAAUGCACGGCAGCAAUCACCACAUCCUAAUUUUAAUCCUAAUUUUCAAACCAAUCCCAAUUCCUUAGCCGAUAACAUGCAGAAUAUGAACCUAAAUCGGCCACACUCUAUGCCCAAUUCUGGUCCUAGGCCUUCACCUUUUGGUCAACCACCACCCUUUCCUCAAUCUUCUGUCACUGCUGGAUUCCCAGUUGCUUCCCCGCCAAUGUCACGGCCUGGACCACCACCAGGUAUGGUGGGAAGACCUGCAGUGAUUCCUGCUGGACCGCUGCAAUCCACAUUACCUGCAAAUGUACCCCCAGGAAGACCGGUUGGUUUGCCUGUUAGUCACCCACUCCCUUUUGGGUCUAGACCUCCUCCUGCCUCAUUGUCUUCAUCUACAGGUGGCGCAGUUCUACCUUCUAGUGCUUUCCCAUCUUCAGGUGUAUCUAGUGCCUCAGCUGCACCACCACCACCAGGUACUCGCCCUAGUUCUUUUGUGUCAUCUUCACCUUUGACUGGUGGUCCUGCUGGGCCAAUGUCAAGUGCACGCGCUGGUCCUUCGAGUAAUGGGCCACCAGCAGUUGGCGCAGGAGCUUUGCCUGGUGCACCCCAAUUUCCUCCUCCUGCAAUUGUUUCACAACCUCCGGUUGGACCUCCACCAUCUAUGAUGUCAGCUAGGGCACCUGCUCAGGCUCCAACUAUGCGUUCUGUUUUGGGAAGUUCAGCUGUUAGUUCCCCACAAACUCCUCCUCUUCCAUCGGCAUCAUCACCAUUUCCAGCCAUGACGCAGGCUAGACCACCUCCUCCAGGUUCUCCUUAUGGACCACAGACAUGGUCGAUGCAACCCCAGCAGGGAACCCAACCUCCUCAUAUUCCUGGCUCUACUCAUGCACAACCUCCAAGAAUGUUUGGAAUGCCACAACAAGCACUACCAAAUCAAGCUAUGACUAACAUUCCACCUGCACUGGGCCAACCUGGAGCACCUAUGUCAGGGUCAUCAAAGAUUGAUCCUAAUCAAAUUCCAAGACCUAUUCCAAAUGCAACACCAAUCGUUUAUGAAACUCGCCAUGGCAACUCAGCAAAUCCUCCUCCGCCUGCUACAAGUGAUUACAUUGUCAGAGACACCGGGAAUUGUAGUCCACGAUAUAUGAGAUGUACCAUCAAUCAGAUCCCUUGCACGGGCGACCUUUUGACAACCUCUGCGAUGCAGCUGGCUUUGUUAGUACAACCUAUGGCCCUCCCUCAUCCAUCGGAGGAUCCUAUUCAGGUCGUGGAUUUUGGGGAAAGUGGUCCUGUUCGAUGUUCUCGCUGCAAAGGUUACAUAAAUCCUUUCAUGAAGUUCAUUGAUCAGGGAAGGAAGUUUAUCUGCAAUUUGUGUGGGUUUACUGAUGAUACUCCCCGUGACUACCAUUGCAACCUUGGUCCUGAUGGCCGGCGUAGAGAUGCUGAUGAGAGGCCUGAGCUUUGUAGAGGAACAGUUGAAUUUGUUGCUUCAAAAGAGUACAUGGUCCGUGAUCCAAUGCCGGCUGUGUAUUUUUUCCUAAUUGAUGUGUCCAUGAAUGCUGUGCAAACUGGUGCCACUGCUGCAGCUUGCAGUGCGAUUAAUCAAGUUAUUUCUGAUCUUCCUGAAGGUACUCGUACGCAGGUCGGAAUAGCAACAUUUGACUCAACAAUCCAUUUUUAUAAUUUAAAACGGGCACUGCAACAGCCAUUGAUGCUUAUCGUUCCUGACAUACAAGAUGUCUAUACCCCUCUUGAAACAGAUGUCAUUGUUCAGCUUUCUGAGUGCCGCCAGCAUUUAGAGCUAUUGCUUGAAAACAUCCCAACAAUGUUUCAGACUAGUACAACUGCUGAGUCAUGUUUUGGUGCUGCAAUUAAGGCUGCAUUCUUGGCCAUGAAAAGUAUUGGAGGGAAGCUUCUAGUAUUUCAGUCAGUCUUGCCAUCUGUUGGCAUUGGUGCCCUAUCUUCUAGGGAGGCUGAAGGGAGAACUAACAUUUCUGCUAGCGAAAAGGAGGCUCAUAAAUUACUGCAACCAGCUGACAAAAUUCUCAAGACAAUGGCAAUUGAAUUUGCUGAGUAUCAGGUCUGUGUCGAUGUUUUUGUAACUACUCAGACUUACGUGGAUAUUGCUUCCAUCUCUGUCAUCCCAAGAACAACUGGAGGCCAGGUUUAUUAUUAUUACCCCUUCUCUGCUGUAUCUGAUCCUGCAAAGCUCUACAAUGACCUUAGAUGGAACAUCACUAGGCCCCAAGGUUUUGAGGCUGUCAUGCGCGUAAGAUGCAGCCAGGGUAUUCAAGUUCAAGAUUACUCUGGAAACUUCUGCAAACGCAUUCCAACUGAUGUUGACCUAGCUGGGAUUGACUGUGACAAAUGCAUAUUGGUAACAUUAAAGCAUGAUGACAAAUUACAAGAUGGUUCUGAAUGUGGCUUUCAGUGUGCCCUUCUCUAUACCACUGUUUAUGGACAAAGAAGAAUUCGAGUCACAAACUUAUCCUUGCCGUGCACAAAUAUGCUAAGUAAUUUGUUUCGCUCUGCUGACUUGGAUACUCAAUUCACAUGUUUCUUAAAGCAAGCUGCAAUUGAAAUUCCUACAUGCCCGCUUCUUCAAGUGAGGGACCAUGUUACAAAUCUUUGCAUCAACAUUCUGCUUUCAUAUCGUAAAUUUUGCGCCACAGUAUCAUCAACUGGACAGCUUAUUCUUCCUGAGGCUCUUAAGCUUCUCCCUCUGUAUACUCUUGCAUUAAUCAAGAGUAGAGGGUUGCGAAAUGAUGGCAGAAUAGAUGACCGUUCCUUCUGGUUCAAUUAUGUUUCCUCCCUUUCUACUCCUUUGGCAAUCCCAUUGGUUUAUCCCAGGAUGUUUGCCAUCCACAAUGUUGAUACAAAGGAUGGAGAUGAAUCUGUUCUUCCUCCUACAAUCCCACUUUCUAGUGAACAUGUCUGUGAUGAUGGAAUCUAUCUUCUUGAGAAUGGUGAGGACGCUUUAAUAUAUUUUGGAAGCUCAGUGGAUUCAAGUAUCUUGCAACAACUUUUUGGCUUUACCUCAGUUGACGAAGUACCCACUCAGUUUGUGAUGCAGCAAUUUUCCAAUCCUUUAUCAAAGAACUUCAAUGAUGUAGUCAAUGUGAUUCGCCAACAAAGAUGCUCCUACCUUCGCUUCGCAUUGUGCAAGAAGGGGGAUCCGUCAGGAAUGGCGUUCUUAUCUUGCAUGGUAGAAGACAAGAAUGCAAAUGGGCCAUCUUAUGUGGAGUUUCUUGUACAUAUUCAUCGGCAAAUCCAAAUGAAAAUGUCUUGAUAAGUUUCAAGCUUCCUCAACAACAGUUGGCUUCACAAGUAGUGAUGGCACUUGGAGAUCAAAAGCUGCACACAAACAUUGUAAUUUCAUAUCUUAUAUCAAUUAUUUAUUUCCUGGAACCCCAAUUUUGAGCUAAACAAAGGUUCUUAAUUGUACCCAACUUUGGCGGUGAGGUACUUGAAUUACUAAUAAUGCAAUUAUUUUCGGCUUUUUGUUA